GAGAGAGAGAGAGAGAGAGAGAGAGGAAUAUUAUAUCUAAGCCUGAGGCAGACAAGGAAUGAGCAACCUGGGAACCAAGAUGGCAAAUGAUGCUGGCAUAAAGAGUAGCUCCUGCGCAGCAUUUGCGCUGAAACGCGUCAGUCUUUAGGGCCUGGAGGUCUGUCGAACCGGGCGGCUGGUGGCUCUGACUGAUGCCCGAACCUGAAAAGAGCAGCAUGGCAGCCGCUGCAGAAGGCGGAGCCCGGCCCUGACCUGCGAGCAUCACAACAACCCGCUCCCUCAUCCGAUUUGAGAACUGAAGAUUUUCCAACUCCUCUUUACUUUCCCCCCCGAUUCUCUAACACUCCCGCCCCUGCCCCUCUAUGCCUCUGCCUUCUGGUGCGUGCACGGGUAUUUGAUGGUGCAUCGCUCUCCCUUGAUUGUGUAAGGUGCGCGAGGAUCCCACGCACCGAGAUCUGGUCGCCAUGGAGUACAUCAGAAUGCCCAAGGUGGAAAAUGUGCGCUUCAUUGAUGGAAUAUCUUCCAAAAGAACUGCAUUAGGGACUCUGUAUCUAACAGCCACUCAUGUCAUCUUUGUAGAAAAUGAGCCAGACAAUCGUAAGGAGACAUGGAUUCUUCACAGCCAGAUCUCUUCAGUUGAAAAACUUGCUACAUCAGCUUCUGGUUGCCCAAUGCUGAUUCGUUGUAAGAACUUCCAGAACAUUCAGUUCAUCAUGUCUCAGGAAAGAGACUGCCACGAUGUUUACAUUUCUCUGAUACGUCUGGCACGCCCAGUGAAAUACGAAGAAUUGUACUGUUUUUCUUUCAAUCCGAAAUUAAACAAAGAAGAACGAGAGCAAGGCUGGAAUCUGACAAAUUUAAUGGAAGAAUACAAUCGUAUGGGAAUUCCAAAUAAUUACUGGCAGAUUAGUGACGUCAAUAGAGAUUAUCGUGUGUGUGAUUCAUAUCCUACUGACAUCUACGUACCCAAAUCAGCCACUGCUCAUAUCAUUGUGGGAAGCUCUAAAUUUCGUAGUAGGAGGCGUUUCCCAGCACUUUCCUAUUACUACAAGCAGAACAAGGCUUCCAUAUGUCGCAGUAGCCAACCUCUAGCAGGCUUCAGCGCUCGAUGCCUCGAAGAUGAACAAAUGCUACAGUUGAUCCGAAAGGCAAAUCCCGGAAGUGAUUUUAUCUAUGUUGUUGAUACACGCCCCAAACUCAAUGCAAUGGCAAACCGAGCAGUUGGGAAAGGGUACGAAAAUGAAGACAACUAUUCCAACAUCAAGUUUCAAUUCAUAGGUAUUGAGAACAUCCAUGUUAUGAGAAGCAGUCUCCAAAAAAUGCUUGAAGUCUGUGAGCUGACAUCUCCUUCAAUGAGUGAUUUCCUGUGGGGGCUAGAGAAUUCAGGCUGGUUGAAGCACAUCAAAGCCAUUAUGGAUGCGGGCAUCUUUAUCACAAAGGCUGUUGCUGAAGAGGGAGUCAGUGUUCUUGUUCACUGUUCAGAUGGAUGGGACCGGACUGCUCAGGUUUGCUCUGUAGCAAGCCUUCUAUUAGAUCCAUAUUACAGAACCAUAAAAGGAUUUAUGGUAUUAAUUGAUAAAGAUUGGGUUUCAUUUGGUCAUAAAUUUAAUCACAGGUAUGGCAAUUUAGAUGGAGACCCAAAGGAGAUAUCACCAGUUAUUGAUCAAUUUAUUGAGUGUGUUUGGCAACUUAUGGAACAGUUUCCUUGUGCCUUUGAAUUCAAUGAAAGAUUCUUGAUCCACAUACAGCAUCAUAUAUAUUCCUGCCAGUUUGGAAACUUCUUGUGUAACAAUCAGAAGGAAAGACAGGAGCUCAAAAUUCAGGAACGGACUUAUUCACUUUGGGCUCACUUAUGGAAGAAUCGUGCUGAUUAUCUGAACCCUCUGUAUCGGGAAGACCACAACAGAACCCUUCAUCCACAAUCCACACCCUCCCAUUUUAUCUACAAGUUUUGGAGUGGAAUGUACAACCGUUUUGAAAAGGGACUCCAUCCAAGGCAGUCUAUUACAGAAUAUCUGAUGGCUGUGAAAGAAGAAACUCAACAGUUGGAGGAGGAGCUGAUGGUAUUAGAAGAGAGACUGGCAAAACUUAUUAACAGGCAAUUAAAUAAUGAGGCAAAGAUAAAAAAGGAAAAUGGAAGCUCCAGUGACUGCAUGGCCAAAUCACUCCAAGAUUACACUCGGAGUUCUUCACAGGGAGAUGAAGAAGAUUCAGCGCUCAUCCUCACACAGGACAACCUGAAAAGCUCUGAUCCCGAUCUGUCAGCCAACAGCGAUCAGGAAUCUGGUGUGGAGGAUAUGAGUUGUCGGUCCCCAGGUGGAGGAGGCUUACCCAGUGAAGAUAGCAUUAGAGACCAUGAUUCGGAUGAAGCUGUUUUUCUCACUCUCUGAGUGAUAAUUUAGUAGAUUAUGAAAGACUGCCUAUCAAAAGUUCCAAAGAAAGGGAUUUAUGCACUUAAAGAGUCCAUAUGUAACGAAGUAAUAAGCUAGAAUGUUUUUGCAUUUAUUAUCUUCUGUUAUCCAUUUAGAGCCAUAUAGAAUGAAUGUUUUGUUUUACAUAACUAUUAUCAAUUGGAUAAUUGUACAGUAAGACCAUUCCAAAGAAUUGACAAGAAAUGUUUAAGCAAUGCCAAAGUCAAUUCAGUCCAAUUCAGACCAAACCAAUACAUGUUAUCUUACCUUGACACCAAAAAAAUAUUCAAAUGGAAAAAGCAAAUAGAUGUUUUCUUUUUUACAGUCUUGAAAAAAAUUAUGUUGAAGAUGGCCAUGUAUGGACUUAAAAUAUUGUCAGAGAUGUCUGCUUAUUAAAAGACCAUUGCUGAAGAAAUUUGGAAAAUUAAGAUUGAAAUAACCAGAUACAUUUUCCUAGAUUAGUUCUAUGACUUGAUUGGUAAUAAUAACACUGUUUCUGUUGGUGCCUCUGCAAAUGCUGUUUUUCCCAUUUUUCUCUUCAAGAAAUCUGAUUUCAAUUGAACACUGUUUCUGGUGACUAUAUGGACACAUUCAAGUUUUCCUGACAGAAUGGUCUACCAGUUCUUCUCCCAGGAUUUCCUCCCUUUCUUCCCCAAUCCUGGAUUAUUAUGGGGAUUCCCCCACCCACCAAAUAUUAAUCAGAUCUGACUCUUCCACAUUUGGUUGUUGAAUUAUAGGACAGAAGGUGGGUCAGCAAGAGAUUAGCUCUACCCACACUUAAUAUGUCCUUCAUCCCCUUUGUAAGUUCAGGUUAAUGUAGUGGGGACUGCAUGUAUACUUUUCAUCUUCUGAAUUAUGGAAUAGGAUAGGGAUCAUGACAAAGGAGGUGGACAUGGACACACUUAUUCCCAUGUACAUUUUUUGGAGUGGACUAUUGGAAGAUGUGAUCAGGGCAUUUAGUAGUUUAAAAUACUUUAAUCCAUAUGCCAUUCAAGGAAAGCUAGGAAAUUCUAAAGAAAAAAAAUAUCUUUCCAAAUUCUUUUAUAUUCAUCCUCAUCAGUUUGCAAUAAAUCACUGGUCCUUUCACAAAUAUAGGUAGUCCUUGUUUAUUGACCACAAUUGGGAUGGGCAACCUGGUAGUUAAAUGAAACACUGAUUAAAUGAAAAUCACACGACCACAAUAGCGCUUACAAUUUUACUUCAGUUUUCCUUUGAUUCGCUACUUCCUUCAACUGACCUGGGUUUUUUUUUUCUCUUUCUCUUUGAGGUUAUCUUAGUUUGAGGUAAAUAAGCAAGUGGGAAUAAGAGCAGAGAGAGGAUGUGAAGGUCAUAAAUAUGGGUACUGAUCACUUAAGUUGUUUUUUCUAGCACUUUUGUAACUUUAUACCACCUGUAGGGUUUUUAAAACAUUGAAAAAGCUUUCUCCAACCAGAAUUAAAUGUAAUUCAUUUACUCUCCAGUUACAUAUUUAAUGUCCCUCCUCCUCCCCCCUUACCCCCAGCUAAAAGUUCUUAUUUGUUACUUAUUUUUUGAGGUAUCCUCAAGCAGGAGAGUAGAUGUAAGAAUUUCAGGGGUCGCAUUAAAGCUGAAAGAAGAACCUGGGGCCAAGCUGGCCAGUAAAAGGAAGUGUUCUUUGUAAAAGACAUACUGAAAACUAUGAGAUUUGUAUUAUUAGACAUGGUAAUGGAUAUUAAUGGUUUUAAAAGGAAACUAGAUAUAUCUAGGGAAGAUAAAGCUAUCAUGUCUACCUGGUUUAAUGACUUAUCUCACCACUCCAAAAUUUGAUAAACAGCAGACAGCAAUUUAAUUGCACCUCACCAGACCGUCUAAAUCAGGCAAAUGUAAGAACAAUGGUUUGCUCUUUUGGUGAAAUAAAGUGGGAUCCUUUGGAGGCAGAACAUUUUUCCAGUGGCCCAAAUUCUACCAACUGCAAACAAGGUGCAAUGCAUCUUGACUGAAGUUCCAUCAUGAGAUAGCUGUUUUGCAUGUACUGUAAUGAUGUCAAUUUUUUAAAAAUAUUACAUGUUUAUAUGUUCAUAACCAGAUUUUAGUAUCUAUCUUACUUUGAACACAAGCUGUGUGUACUCCACAGGUAGUGCUGAACUUGAAUACAGAAAUACUCUACUGUAAAAUGGCUACUCUAUAAAGUAUGAAUUGAUGAGGGUCAAAUCUGCCAUAAAAAUCUGCAUUAUGGAAAUACUGUAGAAUAUACCAUAUUGUGUCUUCUAGAAAUUUUGUGUAGUGUAUUUUACACCUGCAGCUAUUCGUACUCAGCUCCUGUAUUUAAUACUCAGAUCUUGCAUUUAAUAGGUUGUCUUGUAUGGUUCCAAUGCUGCAUUAUUAUUAAAAUUGCAAAAUUAAAGAUAUAGUACGCACCAGUGGUAAAAUCCAAUUUUUUUUACUACUGGUUCUGUGGGCAUAUCCGGGAUACUGUAAAAUCUCCAUUCCCACCCCACUCCAGGGGAAGAAUACUGCAAAAUCCCCAUUCUCUCCCCACUCCUGGGGGAAGGAUAUUGCAAAAUCUCCAUUCCCACCCCACUUGGGGGCCAGCUAGAGGUGGUAUUUGCUGGUUCUCCAAACUACUCAAAAUUUCCGCUACCGGUUCUCCAGAACCUGUCAGAACCUGCUGGAUUUCAUCCCUGGUGCGCACUGUAUACUGUUGGCAUUAGGAAUAUAAUUUAGAACAUUAUAAACAAUAAUGUUUAAUUAUCUAAGGUUUUUUUUACUGUUACACUCUAGAAUCUUCCACUUCAAAGUGGUAUUUACAAUAUGGCAAAAACAUCCACAGUGAGCUCUUGAAAACUAUUGUAAAAGUUUAUCUUAAUUGAAAACAAAAUGACUGAAUUUUAUAAUUAUUCUGCUUGCGGCUGAAGUGGCACAUCACAUUAAGCUUUAGAUGAUUAAAUGGGAGUGCUGUAAUAAAUAUUAUUUGUAGUCUCAUGGUCAACCUUAAGCAAA